CCUCAGUCGUUUGUGUGCUGCGAUCGCCUCAACAGUCUCCGGUCGCCUUGUUCAACGGCCAGACGCCGGACUAUUCGCCGAUCGUUGAAAUACGCCGCCAAAAAAACGUACGGGACCUGGACGAAAUAUCGCCGGGGAAUUUCAGCACAGGGCUGAUUCCCAAGAAGCUACGGAAAAGGUGGCAUCCCUUGAACUCAAGCUGGAACAUUUGUAAAGCAAUUGCGUUCCAGCCCAAUUUUAUAUUUACCAACCGUUGGGCGUGUCCUGGGACCGUGUUUCGUCCCAUCCAAUUUCGUGACUGCCUAGAUUAGGCGGGGUUCUUCAGCCCCGGAUAUGGCUAUUGGCAUGAGGAAUUGAGUCUCGGUUCUAAACCCUUGCCUUGGUUGGUGUGAUCCGUCAACAGCUGUGUUCUAGGAGGUGGUCUUUGACGAUUCAUGUCGGCCCCUCCAGAUGUUCGAACUUUGCCACCCUCGGCCACACCUCCUGGAGGAGCCACAGGCCGGGGGGUGGCACCUGGACCGCAGGUAUUCAUGUCUAGGCAUCAUCCCCAUCAACACCAAAGACAUAUGCCCAACAAUGUUGCCGCAGUAUCUGCGGCUGCAGUUGCUUCGUAUCACCAGCAGGCUGCUGCAGCCGGGCUGGACGUGUCUAGCCCUUCCAAACGGCUGGCUGCAGCUGGGGGUAAUGUGGGCGUGCCCCAAGGGAUCGGAGGAGCACCGGGACAAUUUGCUAACAAUAUGACCCGAAAUCAGAAUCUGGCCGCUUUCACAGCCGCAUUUGCCAAUGCGAGUGCUGGACGUCAACAUUACGACCUCGCCCAGAUGCGAGUAGGCGGGCACCACACCACCGUGGGCCUCACUCCGGGCAUACCUGUAACUUCUUAUACCAGCAGUCGAGAAGCAUUUGUCAGAGGUGGACCCCAGAGUGGGAGUGAUCACCACAGAGUACCUCUUCCAACGGCUGCAACCUCGUCAGCUACAGUGUCAGAUCUGAGAACCCCUCAGCAGGUUGCUGCAGUAGCAGUGGCCAAUAAUAGUCAAUCCAGGUUGCCGAUCCGGCAAUACCCUCCAUCACUGUAUCACAAUUCCUUGUCUUCGUCAAGUCGUUCCAAGAGCCCACUCGGGCCAGGUCCCGCUAGCACCCCGACAAGCUCAACCAGCGCCGCUGCCCAGAGGUCCCUACUUGAUUCCACUUACCAAUUUGAAAGACAAUAUGCUAACACCAUGGCUGUCUUGGCCAUGGCCGGAGCCAAUGCUAUGGCAGCGGCCUCUGGAGCCACGUCGGCCCCUUCCAGUAGUUGGCCAGGGGGACAUACAAGGUGCUCUAGUCCGACCUCCAUUGGGAGUGGAGGCAUGUAUUCAAUGACCUCAGCCACGCUCGGCAGCGGGCGAGUCAGUGGGACCAGUAAAGUGGGCGAGGGACCUGGGCGGGAGGCCAAAUCGUCUUCGAACCUUCAUUCUGGGAACGCUUCGAGUGCUACUUCGCAAAGCUUAAACGGCCGAAGGCGAAGUGGGGAAGCACCCGUCAGCAGUCCUUACUUACGGGAGCAGGUGGCAGUGGUGGCGGCCAGUGCUCCAGGGGUACACAUACCCCUUCAUCCCUCAGCCUCUUCCCUGGCACCCGGAGGUCGAAUCAUGGAAAACAUACCCAACAAACGCCCUCGGCUUGAUAUGGGCGGAAAUUCGGGUCACUCAAUGGGCGCGGCUCAUCACCUCCAACCUGGGCCUAGUUCCCGAGGACACCCUUCCCUCCAAAUGCCCAGUAACGUGGCAGCGCCCUUGAGGAUCGAUACUAGAGACACAGUGAAGGAAUCCGGGUAUCAUCCUCAAGUGGAGGCCAUAUCUCCCACGGGGCCUGAGGUGACCAAUGAACGGGAUGAGUUGCGAUCGAGUCGGGACGAUCUACUGCAGAAGAUUUCAAAAAUCGAUCGUGAGAUUGCCAAAGCUGAAUCUCAAAUCGCCAAACUCAAGAAGAAACAACAAGAACUGGAAGACUCCUCGAGUCGGCCUCUGUCCGAAGAUGAAGAAGAGGAGGAGAGGCCUCAUCAUAAAAGCAUUGCUCAAAUUAUUUAUGCCGAAAAUAGGCGGCGGGCGAAGAAAUCCCACGCCUCGUUGGCCAAGUUUGCACCACCCAACACGCUCCCACUCUACAAUCAACCUUCGGAUACGGAGGAGUACUUAGAAAACAAACGGCGGCAUACCCUCAUCAAAAGACGACUAGUGGAUUACUUCAAGCAGCAGAAUGACCAGAAAGAAGCCCGAGAACGAUACAUGUUGGAAACCUACGCCAAGCUCAUGUGCGGUUGGCAGAAACGUGUGGAACGGAGUGAAAACAUGAAGAAACGCAAGGAAAGAGAAGCCAAAGCCCGAGAACUCUAUGAAAAGAUAUUCCCCGAGUUGAAGAAACAGAGGGAAGACAAGGAGCGAGAUCAUCGCUUGGGAUCACGGGGAACGGUUCGAUCGGAGGCUGAUAUGGAAGAUGUUAUAGAAAGACUUCAAGAACGGGAGAAUGAGGACAAGAAAAUGCACAGCUAUGCCGUGGUCCCACCCCUGUUGUUGCCCAGUGAUGAGCGGAAACGCAAGUUCACCAACAACAACGGGCUCAUUCUCGACCCGUUAAAAGAGUACAACGAGCGCAAGUUCCUGAACACGUGGACCGACUCGGAAAAAGAAAUCUUUAAGGAGAAGUUUCUCCAGACGCCGAAGAACUUUGGUCAGAUUGCUCAGUUUCUAGAGCGAAAGACCGUGAGUGAUUGCGUGCAGUACUAUUAUUUGAGCAAAAAGACUGAGAACUACAAGCAGCUCAUGCGACGGGUCAAAGUUCGACGGGGUAACAAACGAGGACAGCAUCCGAAUAACGCAGAUACCUUGAACAACACGGCUGUGGGCGUGGUCACACGCCAUCGAAAUCAGAGGGAUAACAAUCUGCAACAACAGGAGCAGAGUAACAACAAGGAAAACAACUCGAAUCGAAGCACGCCACAACCGCCGAGUCUGAAACCAGACCUCAAGAUUGAGGAGGAAGACAGUGAUAAAAAAGCGAGUCGUAGUGGAAAAGGCAGUUCUAAUAAUCAAGAUGCAAACGACACGUCCGAUGAAGAGGAAUCCACUCAACAAGCAAAAACGGGCCUCGGUGGAAAGGUGUCCAAUUGCCCAAUUCCAUCCUGCACGGCCACCAAAGGUCGCGUGAAAGGCAGACUCCGCCAUUUGCCCAAGAAAUGGAGCAAUCUUUCAAAAGACACGAAGGAAACCAUCACCUCCGAAUUGCAAAUUCCCAACGGCACGAAGAAGUGUUGUUCUGCGUGCUUUACUCGAAUAUCCCGGAAAAUCAACCAAAUACUUGGAGGAAACAGCCUUUGCAAUUCUCCGGCCGAGCCCGUCAAGGCAGAGAGCGAUAUUGUUUGGUCGGAGGACGAGAUCGAGUCCAUUAAGACUCUUCUUAGGCAGCAUGGCAGAAAUUGGGCCACUUUGGCCGACAAGAUAUCAGCCAAGUCUCCUGAGCAAUGCAAGAAGUUCUUCUAUAACAACCGUCGAAAACUCGGCUUAGAUCGAAUCAUGUUGGAGUACAAGAAGUCCAAUCUAGUUGGCGAUCAGCCUCCAUCACUUUCCACGGAUGAGGAGUCGGGAUCCUCAACAUCUUCAUGUGAGGAAGACAACAAUGGUGUUGGAAUCAACCACAACAAUACCCCUCUGAACGCGACGGGUGUUCAAUCAGCCGCCCAAGGCCAACCUCAAGCUCAAGCCCAAGAUUUGAAACCUGUGAUCAAAGCAGAAGGCCCUGUGGUUUCCAUUAAAACGGAAGUGAAAGUCGAGGAGGAUAUGCCCAGCUCACCAGUCAUUCUUGGGAAUAACAAUCCUCUCCCAACGCAAGGCUUGACCAUUCGACCUUUGGGCAAAGAAGAGGAUUAUGACAGCUCUGCCACGAUGAGCGCGGAUGAACGUGAUGGUGGGGAUGCCCGACACCCUGGACAAUCCAACUUCCCUGGGGGUAUUAAAAACGAAUACCCUCGACCCGUCCUCAUGUCACCAGCCAAUAUACGCCCGAACGUCCCCGGAAUCAUGGUGACUGAGGCCAACAGAGCCCGAGCCGUUGGUCCUUAUCCUCCUGGGGCCAUGAAACCGCCCACAUCAGCGACGGGGGGACCAGUCGUUGGAGGACCCACAAUAAACGGACCAAACGCUUCACGUGACACCAUCACCGUGAAAGAGCUGAUGAUCAAUGUUAUUGAGCGAUCCCUCUCCAAUCCGCAAAGCUCGGGACCUCAUGUCGGAUCGGUUCCAACUACCAAUGCCAAUUUACCACGAACUAUGGCUCAAGGCUCAGAUCCAACCAUUCACAACAUCUUGGAGCAUGCUGGUCCCAACCCCACGAAAGUUCCGUUUCCAGGAAGAAUGCAAACAGGUCCUGGCCCGCCACCAUCACUCCUUAAACCAGGCUCAAUGGCGCCUCCUUCAGUUGUUCGACCCCCUCCUUCAGUUGUUCGAGGCCCUCCUGGACACCAAAACACUUCGGCCCAACCCUCGCAGAGUACCAAUGAGUGCGAGACUUUGGAUUUGAGCAUGCCUCGUCGUCGGGAUCCAACGCCUCCUCCAGCCCAAAACCUUGUCCAGCCCUCUCAUCACUACCGAGAGCCUCAACUCUCGCAUCAUUUGGCCGGGGAGGGUCAGGCGCCUUCACGGGCUGGUCCCCCACCCCCUGCCCAUUCCGGCAACAAAGUGAAAACGAAUCCAGACCCUUAUUUCAGGGGAGACCAUUCUCGACAGCAAGCGCAAUCGCCGCUCAUUUACGGGCCGGACGGACGACCUUUGGCAUCAGUUCAGCAUGUGGGGCAACCCCCGGGAUUGGCCCAUGCUCGAGGUGCACCUGGGCCCCCAUCUGCCACGGCUGUGACUAAUCAGCGACCAACAGUGCGAACACAUAACCUUGGCUAUCCAGCUGCCCAAAGUGCUGGUGGCCCUACUCGACAUGCUCAAAUGUCACCCAAACUACCCGGAUCAAAUCGGAGCUUUUCGGGGUCCAUAACUCAAGGCACCCCAGUGAAUCAUGGGAUGCAGUCUGUGGCUCAUCGAUCUGCCUACGAUGCAGCUCAUAUGAAGGUGUCGCCUCAUGAAAGAGUUGGUUCCAUUACACACGGCACUCCGCUCUAUGACAAGAAGCAUUCUCAAGUGAUCAAUUUGGGGGAUCCCUCCAAAAUUGUUUAUGAGCGAGCUCCUCAAGGAAGUGCAGAGUAUUUUAGGCGUACGGUGUCACCGGCCGGAAGCAACAAUGCCUACAACUAUCCUCCCUCAACCUCAGCGCAAGCUCAGGCUCAGGCUCAAGCUCAAGCCUCCAGCUCACGAGGUUCACCCUAUGUCGAGACUCAUAUGAGCUCCCGGCAGGUCAUUAUAAACGACUUCGCUAUGGCUCGAUCAACCGAAAUGCAAAGAAGACCUGAUUCGAGAGAGCAGGGCCGACCACUCUCACCCCCUCGCCACUCGGGUCGCGAUCCCAGCCCUCGACCCAGGUCUUUAGAUCGAGUGAUGACGGAUCCUCGCAACCAAAUUGAUCUUAGAAGAGAUGUGCGAUCCAUGGAUCCUCGAUUCGAUCCGCGUUUGAUUGACGCUAGGCUUUUACCAGAACAUAGAGGCGAUCCCAAGGCAGAUUUAAGAGCCCUGGAUACGAGAGGAGGCGAUCCUCGAUCUGUCCACGAAUCUCGAGUAAGUCUCGAGCACCGUCAAGACCUUCGUAUUGACCCAAGAGGUGACCCCCGAGCUGGGCUUGAUCCUAGAGGCGAUCCUCGUGCCACUCUAGACCCCAGAUUGCACGAUCCAAGACGUUCCAGCACUAUCACAGCUGAUCUCCGAAUGAUGGGAGAUCCGAGAGCCCGUAUGGAACACCAUGAUCCCCGACGGUAUCCUUCAUUCCCAGCUGGAGGCUACAUCACACCUGAUGGGAAGGUCGUUCAACACCCUGGCUCCAUUCGUGAUCCAGCUCGAACGCCUCCCAGAUCCAGUCCAGCCGCGACUCCACCAGAGAGGUCAUCGGCAGUCAUUCAUCGACAAGGCUCGUUAACUUCUGGCAAGCCAGUUGUUCCCAAGAGUAGCUUGGGUCAUCGUGAAGUGGAAAUAUACCGUACCAAUCCAGAAGUGACCAUCUCCAAAACGAGUAGUCCUCGGCAGAUAUUUGAGAACAACGCCCUGGCCUCUCUCGUUGACGUGGCUGUCCAACAGCCGAAAUUACCCGACGGUAAAGACAGGGCGGCACAGAUCCAACGACAAGCCUAUGAGAGGCAAUUGUAUGAAAUGAGAGUGGCCGCCUCUCAAGCUGCCUCUAUGGGUCCGGCGAGAGCGUCUGGUGGGGAUAUUACCCUUCAAGUGAGAAACGAACGGGCGAAGCAAUUGUCUCUAAUGCAAGAUAAAGACCGCUAUGAGCGUGCUGCCGCUGCCUCAGCCGCCAUGGCCAAAGCCACCGCACACCCAGGAGUGGCUGGUGCGGGCAACGGAGAUCGGAGCCUUACUGCGGCCUCUCUUAUUGACGCUAUCAUAACUCACUCUAUACACUCAGGUCCCAAUCAAGAUCCAAGUGUCGCAGUUGCAGCCAUGGCCGUCGCUAAACAAAUCCCCUACCGCCAAAAUCCGGGUGGUGAGUUGAGCGUCUCGGCCACCAAUCCCAUGGACGACAAGCCAGGUCAGUCAUCGUUCAAAGUGAGCCGAAGUCCAAGUCUCAAGGGCGAAAACACCAAUGGUCCAGAUGAUGGAUCAGCCCAUGGAUCGCGCCCCGGGUCGCGCUCAAGUGCCACAAUUGAGCUGAGACCACCUUCGGAACAUUCAAGCGAAAUGCAGAUGCCCAAUAUGGGACAUAGCAAUGCUGACGGGUCAGCUCCUGAACAGCAUUGGAAGAGAAGAGGCUACCCGAAUGCGUCAGGGGUCAGUGCAGCGUCUGUGAUGCCGGCCCCCCGGCCAAGUAAUACACUCACCGGUGUGGACGAGAGGUCAAUCACACGAGUUCCUCAAACGGGAUCCCCAAUCAAGAAUUCCUCUGAUAAUCCGGGUCAGAGUUCCUCAUCGAGUCUAGGACGACCGGGUAUUGAGCCAAUCUCUCCUCCAUUGGAGCCCCAAGUUGUAUCUCAAAACGGUGGAGAUCAAAGGACUUCGGGAAAGAAGCCAGGAGAAGAAGGUACGGGUCUCUCACCGCUAGAAUACAUGAAAAACAAAAUUGCCGAAGAAAUGAAGAAGAGUGAUGGAAGUGGUGGUUCUCGAAUUCCGCUCAACGCCGCGUCCACUGAUUCACCAGCCACCAUCACCCCAUUGAAACGACAGGCUGACAAUCACUUGAGACCUCCUCCACCAUCUUCGGCAAACACCUCAGAUCCCCAUUCAAGGGCAAAUUCUCAUCCUUCCUCGGGCAACACCGCGCCUCAAUCAAGCACUGAUGGGGACGAGUCAAUGAGGAAAAAGCCACGCUUAGAUGAGCCUCCACCUCAAUCCUUGGUCACCGGUCCCAAUUCAGCCCCAAGUGGACCCCCGCAACCAGUCACGGGAGAUAUAGUACCUCCAGACUCGCCCGGGUCCGAGGGCGAGAUGGUCAUUGAUGAGAGUGUGGUAUCCGAUUCUGCCCCUCCCAAAGAAGAAACUCCCAGUAAACUAAAUUCAAUGUCAGCAGGUCAAGCCCCUGUCUCAAGUAUGGCGACAUCAGGAAGCACCGGUCCUCAAUACGAGCCACUUUCAGAUGAUGAAUGACCCCGGAGAAAGACAUCCCUGAAUGGCGUGCCCGGUCAUUUCCGCUUUGGGAGGUUCUAAAUCAAGUAUCCAAGCAAAUCUAACCCCACUACUAAACAUCCCUUUCCCUUUCGCCGCCACGAUUAGCACUACAAUAAUCCGAUGAGAAUAAACUAGCACACCCAUAAUUUCAUAUCGCUCCCUUUUACGGUGCACUAGCGUUUUGUCCUCAUUCAUUCAGAAAGAUUGAAACCUGAAUUUUCGUUUCUCGGCCCUUCGACGCCCACCACCACUUAUUGCGUACUGUUCCCCUUUGGCCAUUGAUUGGAACAACAUCAUAACGUUCAGACUAAACUUUUUCUCACUCUCAUGCCUAUUUUUGUACUUUGUUUCUGGCCGGGUCUAUUCCACUUUUGCUGUGAUUAUUCUACUAUGAUGACUACAUAUAGAAUUGCUAUUCCGAAGACAUAAACCCACCUUUCCACGGUUGCGUUUGUGUUCGACCUCUGGGACGGACACCUCAUCAAUCCCUAGAAGCACACCAUGUAUAACUAACUAGCCAGCAUCCACCCGACCCCGAAAUUGAAGGGGCAAAACAUUGUUAAUAUGAAGCGCUGUGUGACUCUUGUCUAACUUUGACAUUGUUUGUUCAAUUAAAAUGAGAAGAAAAAACCGAAAAGAAAAUCGUGACAUAACAACCAAAUGUUCAUUGUUGUUAACUAUUUAUUGGAAACAAAUACAUCCAUUGUAACCAUUGCCA